AAAGACAUGAGCCUGUACAGAGACCUGCCCUGGUCCCAUCAGCAGGCUCAGCUCAUUUUCAAGAAGACACACCAAACUAAAAACAUUACCAGAGAAACUGUAGAAGACUUGGGUCGCAUUGCGGGUGGAAUAAGCUGUGAUUGGUUGAAGCUUUGGACCAGUGAAACAGACUUUUCAGAUUUGGUUCAAUUUGUCUUGGAGUUACCAGGAGGGCUAAGACCAACUCUGAGGAAAUGCAUUGUUGAGGAGCUGCGGCAAAGACCAGAAGACAUGGAUGGUCUGAGCCCCUGGUUUGCUGCAGGGUUACCGGUGAAACUGAUUGAGAACCUGUCUAACACAUCACUGACAGCCAUCAUGACUUACACUCAGCAGCAUUUUGCGGACUUCCUAAAGCUGCCACGCCAUAAGCAAAUGGCCUUAGCGGAGAAGGCAGUCACUGUGCUGGUGAGAAGAUACUAUUAACAAAGAGCCUUCCUGAUCAAUAAAACAUUGGUCAAUUCAAACAAACAUUAUGGCUAAGAGUUGAAUGGAUGGAGUUAGCUAACUGUGUUGGGCUUGGUUGGGAGUUGUAGAGUCAUGAUACU